AUGGCCAACACAGAUAAGAAUAGAAAUACGGCAUAUUUCAAGCAACUCACAGCCACGGUGAUUCGAGAUAAACCGCUUCCUGGACAUACAGCCUCAUCGACAGAAGUGAUUGCAAUAAGCAUCAACAAUUGUGGAACAAGGCUUAUAGCUUCACGUACUGAUCGUACUGUACGUAUAUGGAAAUUGUCACAUGACAAAGCUAUUGAUCCUAUUGUGAUUGAAGAUGCACAUACUAAAGCAGUCGAAAGUAUGUCCUGGAACCCUACAACUGAGCAUUCAUUUGCCACAGUGGGGAGGGACGAAUUUAUCAAGAUAUGGAAUUGUUCGGGAAAACCUGAGAAGGUUGUUAAAACAAGCUCGACAAGUUUAAAAUUGGUUCGCUAUUCUGCAGAUGGAGAGCUACUUGUUGCCAUUGAUCGAGAAAGGAACUUGUUAGUGUAUGCUGUUACCAAAGGUUUUGAAUUGGUAUGCCUGAUUAAAAUAGAGGAACACGUGUACGACCUACAAUGGUUUAACUACAAGCACGAGUUUUUCAUUGUAGCCCUUCACGAUGGCUCUUUACGGUUGUACAAGGUUCAUGAUUACAGUAACGAAAGCAUCGAUAGCAAUGAGAACAAGAAUGGAAAUGAAAACCAAAGGGAAAAUGGCAGUAGCAAUGGCAGUAGCGAUGGCAGUAGCGAUGUUUAUGUUAAUGGAAGCGGAAACAGCUAUAGUGAAGACAGAUUCGAUAUUGAGCUCCGUAAAACAUUAACCGGACACAGGUCAUCCGCUACAUCAGUCGCAAUAUCUCCCACAGGAAGAGAAUUUGCAGUUGGUGUGAGCGAAGGUAUAAUCAGUGUUUGGCAAACUUCAAGCAUGAUGAAUGAAUACGUCAUUGCAGAUAUUGAUGAAGUUGUUGCCUCACUAGACUUUAGCCGAGAUGGAGGGUAUAUAGCUGUUUCAUUCGACAAAGAUUCCAACUCCAUGAUUUACAGCACUGAUGAGCGGACCAAAUUGUUUGAGGUACCAAAUAGUCUGAGCGGCAACAUGACAUUCAGCAGUAUAUGCUGGUAUCCAACAAAGACUGCAUUUGCGUACAGCAGUGAUCACGGGACCACCAUAACCUUGAUGAACAAACCCGACAGCUCAGAGAGGAAGCAUAGUGCUCCAAGUAGGCCCUCCAGGAGGAAUUGA